AUUGUUUUAAACUCCAGACAGUAGCCAGGAACCAAAGCAUCCUUAUCUCAUUUUACAAUGUAUUUUAAAAUAUUUACUACUAAAAGUUUCAAAUUUGGAUGUUUGAUGACUUUGCAAAACACGCGUGCACGUGGACUCAGGAGUGGGUCUGCUUUGCAGUGCUGGGAGAAUUUAAAGGGUCGGAGCUGUUUGACGCUGACAGACUUCUCGUCAGAGGAAAUCAAGAGGCUGUUGUGGGUGUCUGCGGACUUAAAGCAUCGCAUCAAGCAUGGAAAACAGUAUCUCCCUCUUCUGCAAGGAAAGUCCAUUGCAAUGAUAUUUGAGAAGAGAAGCACCAGGACAAGAAUGUCCACAGAAGCAGGAUUUGCAUUGCUGGGUGGACACCCUUGUUUCCUCACGGCCCAGGACAUCCAUCUGGGGGUCAAUGAAAACUGUACCGACACUGCAAGGGUUCUCUCAGGCCUGUGUGACAUCAUUUUGGCUCGAGUGUACAGCCACGCCACGCUGGAGAAGCUGGAUAAGGAGUCCUCCAUCCCCAUCGUUAACGGGCUGUCUGACCUCUAUCAUCCAAUCCAGAUUCUGGCUGACUUCCUGACUUUACAGGAGCAUUAUGGAUCCCUGGCUGGACUAACAGUCGGCUGGAUUGGGGAUGGGAACAACGUCCUCCACUCCUUUAUGAUGGCCGCACCAAAAUUGGGAGUACACCUGAAGGUUGCUACCCCAAAGGGCUACGAGCCAGAAAGAUGUAUCACAGAAGCGGCUGAGAAACUCUCUAGAACGUAUGCAACCCAGCUUGUGCUGACCUCUGACCCUAUGGAGGCUGCCCGUGGCAGUAAUGUGUUGAUGACGGACACCUGGGUCAGCAUGGGGCAGGAGGAGGAGAAGAAGAAGAGACUCAUGGACUUUGGAGGUUAUCAGAUUACCAAGGAGACAGGAAGUGUAGCUCAGCCAGACUGGACCUUCCUGCACUGUUUGCCUCGUAAAAAGGAGGAAGUGGACGAUGACGUUUUCUACUCCUCACGCUCCCUCGUCUUCCCUGAGGCAGAGAAUAGGAAGUGGACCAUCAUGGGUCUGAUGGUGUCUCUCUUGACAGACUACUGCCCACAUAUACCAAGGAUCAAGUUUUAAUGUCAAGUUUAGGAUCAGAAUAAAGAAUUCAGAAUAAAGACAUAUCAGUAUAUACGGUCUAUGGAGUACAGAAGUACUGCUUCAUUUAUCAGAACAUAUUUCACUUCCAGGUUUUCAAUGCUUGGUGUACAACUUAUUUAAGGAGAGGGUUUUUUUUGCAAAAAUUAAAUACGCAGCUUUGUGGAAAAGUCAAUUAAAUAAAGUCAUUAAACAAUUAAAA